AUGAAGAGAGAGAACUACACAGUGGUGAAUGAGUUCAUUUUCCAGGGUUUUUCUAGCUUUCAUGAACACAAGCUCACCCUCUUUGUGAUAUUUCUUGCCUUGUACCUUUUAACCCUGGCUGGCAAUGUCAUCAUUGUGACAAUUAUCAGCAUCGACCGUCACCUCCACACUCCCAUGUACUUCUUUCUUAGUGCGCUUUCUACUUCAGAGACUGUGUACACGUUAGUCAUUGUACCACGGAUGCUCUCCAGCCUCCUAAAUCUAAGCCAACCCAUCUCCUUGGCUGGCUGUGCCACUCAGAUGUUCUUCUUCAUUACUUUGGCCAUCAACAACUGCUUCCUGCUCACAGCCAUGGGGUAUGACCGCUAUGUAGCCAUCUGCAACCCCUUGAGGUACUCAGUCAUCAUGAACAAGAGGGUGUGUGUCCAGCUGGUAUGUGGGGCUUGUGGUAUUGGGCUGCUUGUGGCCAUAAUUCAGAUUUCUUCAGUGUUCAGGUUGCCUUUUUGUGAUAGAGAGGUGGCCCAUUAUUUCUGUGACAUCCGCCCAGUGAUGAAACUCUCUUGCGUUGAUACUACUCUACAUGACAUAGUUAAUUUUAUUGUCAGCUCUCUGGUUAUUGUGGUACCCAUGGGGUUGGUCUUCAUCUCCUACAUUCUUAUCAUCUCCACCAUCCUCAAGAUUGCCUCUGCUGAAGGCCGAAAGAAAGCUUUUGCCACUUGUGCCUCCCACCUCACUGUGGUCAUCGUCCACUAUGGCUGUGCCUCCAUCGCCUACCUCAAGCCCAAGUCAGAGAACACCAGGGAUCAGGACCAGCUGAUCUCAGUGACCUACACUGUUUUUACCCCACUCCUUAACCCCGUUGUGUACACUUUGAGGAACAAGGAGGUUAAGGAUGCCCUUCGCCGUGCUAUUGGCAAAAAGCCUCUUGCCUAG